AGCAGAGCGCGUCGCACGUAAGAGUACCGGCCGCCGCCCGUCAUCAGUCGCCGUACCGCGCAGCCCACGUUAACCUCUUACCUUUUAUUAGUUUUUAGUAGUUUUUUCAGUAGUAGGGCAGACGCCGCUCGAAUCAUCAUAAAAAUAAACACCAACAAAUCGUAAAUAAUUCGUUGUUAUCUCUCAUUUAUGAGAGAAACGUAAGAUAAGGUGCAUCUUGAUUAUACUGUGAAAAGGAAAAACGAUAACAAACAAUUAAUUCGUAACUGUUGAAAUUUUGUUGGCUAUUUACUGACGAAAAGGGGGUUGAACAGCGGUCGUUGAAUAAGCGACAGUACACGAGGGCCUCAUUGCCUCUAACCCUCACCCCCACCCCUCCUUUUAUUUUUCUGUGUGUGUCAGACAAGGCGCGCGCGCGCGUGCUGUGUUACUGUUUUUGUUGUCAUUAUUAUUUUCUUAAGUUUUGUAUUUUGUUGAAAGAGAAUAAGGGAUCGUAUUUUUUGUUCAGUGUGGUUACGCUGCCUGUGGUGAUUACUGAAGGUGUUACCAUUAUUUUUGGAUUAAAAUCAAUUUGAGUUGAAGAUACUGUGAUUUUUUUAAGUUAUUGUGAAUGAAGUUUGGGGGAAAAUAAAACGACAAAGUUGGAAGAGGAUUUCUGUCGACGGAUUGGUUGGUUUUAAAAAAAAAAAAAACGAAGAACAUUGUCAGUGUGAAGUUUGUUUGGUUAAUCUGUGCUAAGGAUUUUUUGGAUUUUAAUAUGGAGCCCCAGGGUCAAGAAAUUGUUGCUAGCGGAUCUAUGGCUGAGGUUCCAAAUGAUCCAGGGAAAAUGUUCAUCGGUGGUCUAUCAUGGCAGACUAGUCCAGAGAGCCUCAGAGAAUACUUCACCAAGUAUGGGGAUAUCACGGAGGUUAUGGUUAUGAAGGAUCCGACAACGCGACGAUCAAGGGGUUUUGGUUUCAUAACGUUUGCAGAUCCAUCGAGUGUCGACAAAGUGCUGGCCCAGGGUAAUCACGAGCUAGACGGCAAAAAAAUCGACCCGAAGGUAGCAUUUCCUAGGAGAACACAUCCAAAGAUGGUGACAAGGACAAAGAAAAUAUUCGUCGGCGGGUUAUCCGCGCCGACGACGCUGGAGGACGUCAAAAAUUACUUCGAACAGUUCGGCCCGAUAGAGGACGCCAUGCUGAUGUUCGACAAGCAGACCAGCAGGCACAGAGGUUUUGGCUUCGUCACAUUUCAGAGUGAGGACGUUGUUGACAAAGUUUGCGAGAUUCACUUCCACGAGAUAAACAACAAAAUGGUUGAAUGCAAGAAAGCACAGCCAAAAGAAGUUAUGCUCCCCGCAAAUUUGGCGAAGACGCGAGCGGCUGGUCGAGGUGCAUACGAUUUUAUGUGGUCACUGGGAGCAUUACCUGAUGGUUUCCCAGCGGCAGCGUACGCGGCAUACGCGGCAGGCCGCGGCUAUUCUGGGUACCCUAGUUUCGGACUACCCUAUCCGACAGGAGUGCCGGCUGUGUAUUACCAUGGUACUGGGGGCGAUAGUGGGGGCCGUGGUUACUCGGAGACAACGAUCCAGCACGUUCACCGGAGUGCACUACGGAAGAAAUUGGAUCUCACCAACGGACAACUCACACCCAACAACAACACGCCCUUGCUCACGCAAGCUCUUUCUGUGAUGAACAACUACCAAGCAGCGCAAGCUGGAUUUCCACCAGCCUCACCACACGGCGCCGGUGGCCAUGGUGGUCCACAGGGGCGCUCCUUUCCCGCUGCAAAUUCACCCGGUCCCAUUGACAUGUACAGUUCGAGUGCAGCAGCCGCUGCAGCAGCCGCAGCAGCGGAUUCUGCUGUUGCAAGCUACGUCCAGGCAGCGGCCAGUCCACAACCCCCAACCACCGCGUUUCCCGCCAUUGCCGUUUCCCGCGCACCGCUCAACUACAGUCCUGGUCCCCUGAUACCGGCGGCGUUUACUAAUGGCUACCAUUGAGCCUUGUUAAGACCUAAUAACAUGAUGGACGAGAGGGCACAGCGCGGCAGGAUCGACUGAUGGCACAACGAGCAACACGAGGAAGACGCCUUUCAGCCUCUACCCUUUGACGUCAACCUCUGAACAAAAAAAAUAUUUCAAAAAAAGUCAUUGAAAAAAACGAACCCCAAAUAACAAUGGGUAAGCGAGUGGAAUUUUUCUAAAAAAGUGGAUCGUUUCCGGUUGGGCUUACAUCCACCGGGAGUGAAUGCAGCGAAGUAUGAUCGGAUGAUUCAUGGACCAGAACACCAGUCAGCAAUGAUGAGCAGCUGUUGAAGAUGAAGGUUGAAAAAAACAAUGGAAAAUGCGAAAAAAAAAUUACAAAAAAUACAAAAUGUUCAGAGAGCAUUUGUGAGCGGAGGGGGAUUGAAGAUAACGGUAGAGAGGGAAGAGAGAAUCAGCACCACAGGCACCACACAUCACACGUCGCGUCUGUCAUAAAAUAUGAAAAAAGAAAUAACAUAACAGGAUAUUGCAAACAAAAAAAUUAUUAAAAAAUAUAUAUAAUUCUAUAUAUAUUUGCGCGCACGCCCGUUCUCCGACAUUAAUGAAUAAUAAAUAAAAAUAACAAAAAAAAAAUAUUGAUAACAAGAAAAAUUAAUAAUUAUUAAUUGCUAAAUAAUUAAGCGGUUAAGUCUAUAAUAUAUAUAUAUGAUAAAUAAUUGAUAAUUAAAUAGACAACGUAUGAAACACUAGGACUUAAGAAUGAAAAAAAUGAAUAAUUAUUAUUAUUAUUAUUGAUGAUGAGAGGGAGGAUGAAAAUACCAACACACAUACGAACAAAGGAGAACAAUUAAAGUUUUAACGAUUUCAUUGUUUUUUUUUUAACUCAUUAAAUUUUACUCAUUUACAAUGUUUUUAGCACCCGGGAUUCUUUCAUGUGAAUCUGAAUGACUCGAAAAAUUGAAUUGUAUUAUUGUAAUAUUUCAGUGUUUGGGAGUAUUAUAUUUCGGUACCCAUUUUUCGUCCCUGAUAAUUCUCACUUUUCCUUCCCGGAAGUGCAGAUAAAUGAUGGAAUCAAUGUUUUUUUAAUGUUAUUUGUAUUGUGAAGAGAAAUUAUUGCAAAAAUGGUACAGACAAAUACACACAAAAAAAUCAGGUGGUCUUCCUAUUCAUUGGAAUGAACAUUUUUUGGCACUAUAUAUAACGAAAAAACAAAGGUCUAUAAAUAUAUGAAUGAAUUUAUCGAUUACUUUCUCUUGGAACCUCACUACCACACGCGCGCGAAGAAUAUAAAUACUGAAGAAUGAUGAGUUUGUUUGCAUUGAUCCAGUCACGAUACAUAAUUGAUUUGUUUCAAAUGUCAUUGUUUGUUCUGAUAUGCCAGUGGUUAAAGUCACGGAGGAUAAUACGGAGACACAUUAAACAUGGUUUCAAUACCCAACACUAUGAUUUCAAGGAAAAAGACAAGCCAUUUUUUUUUUCAAUUGCACAAAGCACUUGCAAUGAGGAUGAAACGAUUAAUUUGCUGGGGAAAGCUGCUCGAUGAGAGUGAAAACUUAAAUUCCUUAGGUUAGGUUUUAAGAUCUAAAAAUGAUGCAACCGUGAGAAAAGAAAUAUGGCGGUUGCGAGAUAUCUUGUUUUUUGUUGACGCAAUUAUUAACUAUUUAUUACGACUAUUAUUAUUAAAUUUUUCAAAUAAAAUUAUUAUAAUGUGAAUAUAUGUAUGAUGAAUUAUGAUAAAAAAACGGUUAUAUUGUAUUCAACAACAGGGUAAAAAUAAUAAGAAAAAUGUGUAAUGCCUGGGGACGCGUAUCUGUCGACGACGAGACAGCGGCCAUUUUGUCGUGAAAAAUAAUUGUGCAGGGGAUGGGGCAAAUUCUGCCUGGUGUCAAUUCAACUGUCAACAUUAGCCAGUGGAUGAAAUAAAACUGGAUUAAAUACAUUGAAUAUUCGAUGAGAAAAGGAGAAAAUAAGAAUUCUUGCAGUAAGAAUUCACAACAAAAUGGCCGCCACGUCCCGGUGGCUAACCUAACUAAAAUGCGUGUAUAAAAGAAAAAUUAUACAUUGGACCAAAAAAAAGCACUUGGCAUCCAAGAAAAUUGAUUUACACAUUAAAAAAAAACACGAAAACACUCACGUAAAAACAAAGUGUCUCCGGAUAAGGAUAAUAAGAAAAAAAUACGAGAAAUCAAGUUUCUGCAAGGGUCUCAGCUUCCGUUAAUUACCAAUUACUUUCAAUGAUUUUCAUCAGCGAACAAAAUGGCGUCGAAUUUUUAACUCUUUGUUUCCGCCUGCGACGAGAAGGAAAAGAAGAAAAAACAACAUCCGUAAGAUAAAAAAAAAUUACCAUAAAACGAAUAAGAAAUAAAAUAUAUUUACAAAUUAAGGAAAAAAAAUAAAUAUAUAAAUAUUAUAUAAAGAUGGCGCUCUUUUACCGUCAAAAAAGGAAACCUCUAAAUAGCUUCGCAAUUAAUUCAAGAGCAAUUAAUUUUGUUAAUUAAAUGAAUGAAGCAAGAAUAAGCAAAUAAAAAACUGAUGAGAAGUAGCAACAAUUUUAGCCAGAUGCAAUUAAAUGAAUUAAAACAAAAGGGGGAAGAGUGAGUGAUUGAAGGUGAAUGUAAUAAAGAAAAUUGGAGAGGACGAGAGGGCUAAUAAUAAAGCAACACUACAAGGAUAUAACACCAGCUCAAUGAAACAAACUAAAAAUAAAACACUGAAAAUUCGUAGAUUAUACGAAUUGAUGCAAAAAUAACGUUUCAAAAAAUGUAACGAACACGUUAGAAAUAAAAGAAAAAAAACGCUGUAACAUUUUUCGGGCGAUCUGAGGCUCUCCACAGCCUCGAAAAAUAAAACAAAAUAUAUAUAAAGCAUUAUAACCAACAAUUAACGAUCAAUUAUUAAUUGAGAGAUGAGAACGAUGGAGUGGCAAAAUGGACGGGCAAUGAGUGUAAACAAACAAAGAGGAAAAAUACGAGUACAGUCCAUAAGUUUAUAUAUAAUGAUAAAAAUAACUAUUGAAUUAUUACGUCUAUGACUAUAUCCGGCAAAACAAAAUAAUUAAAAUCAAUUUUAAAGAAACAAAAAAUACUUGAACGCGUGAGAGAUGAAUAUAGAAUGGCAAAAAUUAAAAAAAAUAAUUAAUAAAAAUCAAUUAACAUUAUAUAUGAAUUAAAGACUAAGUUGAUUUACCAAUUGAUAACCGAAAAUGGGGGCAGAAAUAUAAAAGAAAAUGAAAUUGUUUUAUGCAUUUGUAUAUAAUUAUUGAUGUUUUAAACAAAUGAAUGCUGAUAUAAUAUUGUAUUGUAAUUUUUUGGAUCACCGAUCAUAUAAAAAAUUGCGGGGGAAGACGACGUGAUGGAAUUUCGCUCGUGACUGAAAUCGUAACAAAAAUCAUAAAUUUUAUUGCGAUUUUUUUACGCUGGAAAUAAAUAAUUUUAAAAAAUAUGAAAACGGGAGAACUAUUGAGAACAAAAUAGAGGAAAAAUUGUCACAGCAAAAUUCCGUCUCGCCUCCUCUCCCUCGAUUCUAUAUAAAUAUAUAAAUAUUAUACAUAUACGAUAGUAAAUAAAAAAUUUAAAAGCGAGGGAAACCCAACAUAUUAUAAACUACAUAUUUAAUUAAACAUAAUUACACGAGAAACCAAUUCAAAGAGAAAAUUGCGAAGUGACGAGGGACUAUUUUGAAAUGCUCGGAGAGAUAUUUCAAUUAAUCUUUGAUUUUUCAAGUAAUUAGAUAUUCUAAUGAACGAUAUUCUUAAAUUUUUCAUAAUUUUCAUUUUAUCAUUGUCUCUCUGGCCAAAGUGGGUGCUGAUGUGUUGACGACAGAGCUGGGACAAACAAUGCCAUGCGAAAUAUUCGGGACUGAUUACUAUUUUGCAGUCGUGAAACAGUUUCAGAAAGACAAAUAAACAAAUAGUCAAGUUGAAAGAUCCAUUUGAAAUUGUAUUUUCAUUCGAUUCUCAUGAAGUAGUGCCCAGCUCUGGUCACAAAAUGCUACCGAGAAUCAAUUGUUUCAGGUUAUGUUUAUCCUUUCACAAGAGUUGGGAAAAUUCGUCGAAAAAAUUGAAAUUUUAAAAACAAUGAGAGAAAUCUCAUCCGCAAAAGAUUAAAUUAAUGAUGAUAGCAUUUUUCAUAGGCACACGAGCACACAAACCGAGAAAAAAGCAAACAAACAUUGCAAAAAUGAGUAAUCAUCAGCACCUUUGCUUCGCCGUUCGCCAAAAAAGCCCAAAAUGAAAUUAACGAAAUCACAAAUUUUCACAUUUAUUGUAAUUUAAUUGUCACGGCUUGAUCUAAAAGGAAAUUUUAAAAAACAGCGUCGAUUAGAGUAUAACAGAAAUGAAUAAAUUAAAAAUAGUGAAGUCUAGAUAGUCAAUGAUUUUGACACGGACAAAGAAUAUUGCGGCCAAUUUUCGCGGCAUAUGAAUAAAUAUAUUUAUUAUAUAUUUAUGUUUACAAAGACGUUCUAAACAGUGUGAAUUUCUUCGAGGAAAAUGGAAAAAAAAUUGAGAGACAAAAACACGAGAUGAGAAAAACAAAACGAUAUGAAAAAUAAUGAGAGUGAGAUUGUUGUGCGAAUACUAUUCGUCACGUUUUUGUGAGAUAAUUAAUAAACUGUGAGUGUGUGAAUGAAUUUUGUAUGUGUGAGAAAAUAAAAAGUCGAAGGAACAGAAGAGAAUAAUUAAAAAUAACGAACAAGUUGAGAAGAACCGAGUGGAUUAUAGGCUAGAUAGGCAAUUUUUGACCAUUAAUUAAAAGGAAAAAUUAACCCGCCAUUUAUCGUCGAGAAUGUACAAUUCUCCGAUUGAACAAAAUUAACAAAAAAAAAUCAAGAAAAUGGCGAAACGAUGAAAAACCGAUCAGUAUACGAUCGCACGAUCCAGCGUAUUUUAUUUAAUUAAAAUUUAAUUAUUAUUUGUCUGAUUUUUCAUUAUUAUAUGAAAAUACUUGUUUUAU